AUGGUUCCUAGGAUUUUGUCCAUAGAUGCCUUCAAAUUAUGUUCAAAUAUGGUCUUAUACUCAGAACGAACCAUAAUACCCUCGACGAUGACCAAAUUUCCUCAUCCCGAGGCUUCAACUGAUCCCCACACCAAGGCUUCCCUACCAUACUCCCACCACAGUACUAAUUUGGACCCAAUAGGAGUGGGUGAACUCCCAAAAAGGGGGUCGUCCGUAGACUUUUGUCCGCCACUGUACAUAAAGGAUUUCUGUAAAGGCGCACACCGCGUGAAGUGGAUCUUUUCUCCUUUCCACGCCUGGACUACCGUACUGUUCGUAAUACCGGACCUAGUUUGUCAGCGUCCAACCGCAAGCGGCAUCAAGGAACGCCGUUUCUACCUAACUGCACCAAAAUCGACAGGUCCGAACCAGUCGGACGAAAUUCGGACGAAUCCCACCGGCGCCGAUUCGUCAAAUCCGCGCAAGCACGCGCAAACACGAAGUCUCAUCCCAAUUGGAAUUUCAGUUCCAAUUCUGGUUCCAGUUCACGUUGGCCGGGGCUGCCAACUUGUUCUUUGUAUCGCAUUAACCAACAUUAUUUCGUGUGUGCUUAUGAUAUAGAUUGACAUAUAUAACCAUUACAUAAACACUUCAAAGUUCGUCAUCAGGCCUGCUGACUUCGUUGGAGAGUUCGUAAGUACGGCAUAGCCGUCAAAACAUUUAACUAUAUAUUCAUUCUUGUCUAAGCCCACACAUUUGAUAUAUAUAUUUACUUA